AUUGUUAGCUUGUGUUAACUAGUUUCGUACUACUAUAACUGAUUCUUCUAGUCCCGUCAAACAUUCGUCUCCAUGGCGCUGAAACAAAACGGUCAAGAAAUAAACUUCUCAUUCGCUCUAAUGAAGAAUUUGUUGCGUCAACUCCGUCAUCUAUUCUUCAACUCUAAGACCCUCCUACUCUGCAUCGGCGGUAAUCAUUCAAAUAUGCACCUAAUUGUGUUAUUUAUGGGAAUUAAAUUUUAACUUGACUCUUUCUCCCGAACUAUUUUCAGCUUUGUCUGUAAGCUACACCAUUGUGGAAUUCUCGGUGUUGUCAUCUAUGAUGGAUUACUGGAAAUAUUCAGAGGUGGAGGAGGAUCUACGAAAAGCUGCUAUCUUAACAAAUCUACAAGAUGGUCUAUCGUCUGUCCUUUCCAUUUUUGCUUCUUUAAUUUCCGAAUCAUAUACGGGUCCCUUGACUAUGAUCACAAUUUGCGCUGCAGCUGCCAUCGAGGGUUUAAUGCUACUAUGGACAUCGGCUGAUCCAGUAUCUGGUGCGCUAUAUGCAGCCAUAUUGUUUCUUGCAUUAGGGAAAAGUGGUCAAACGCUUUUAGGAAGUUUUCUUAAAAAUAAGGUGGAAGAGAUACUUGAAGAAAGAGAAAAAAGUGAAAUAAAGGAUGGAAGCAUAGAAAAACAAAAUGAGCAAGACCUCAUAUGUACAAUUCUUACAAAUACGUGGUUGUUAGUUCCGUUGGUUGUUGGAUACGUGGUAAUAGUGUUUGCUGACUUUUCCGAUCAAGAUUACUAUUGUCUCUUCAGAUCCUCUGCAAUUCUCAUGGGAGGGUGCUAUCUUUUGUUCCUCUUUGGUAGGACGAAGUAUAGUCACGAACAAUUACUUGAUGAAAGCAAUCUAGGGAAGAUCUUUAGAAUCUGCAAAGCAGCUUGUGAAAGACGAAGAUCAGAUUAUCCAACGUCUCCGAAUUGCUAUUACUGGAAGGGUAAUGUGCGGACCAAUUUAUGUUAUGACCACGAUAAUGGACUGAGAUUAAAGCCACGAGUUCCACGGCUAUUCAGGUGGUUGGACAAAGCAGCUAUACUUAAUCAAAAAGAUUCUAUAUAUCCUGAGGUGAGUCCUGACACGCAAGAAAGGAAUGGGAAGGUUUGCACAGUAGAGGAGGUGAGGGAAGUGAAGAGCUUUGUUCCUAUGAUAUACCUCUGCUUUACCUUCUUUGCUUACAGUUUACUCGUGGCUACUGGGAACACUUUUUUUGUUGCACAAGCAAGCAACAUGAAACCUACCAAAGGUUAUGAUAUCUCUAAACUCUUUUUGAUCAAAACCGGUAUGAGAAAAGUGUCGCAAUUCAUCUUCUUUUGGAUCGUGAAUGGCUUGCGGAGUAUGAGAAGUGCAGGCUUUACGUCGAAAAGAUUCACAGUAAAGACUUCGAUUAUAAGCAUUGGUUUUGGCAUGGUGUGUGCCGUAAUUUGCUGCGUCGUAGCGUGGAAAGUCGAGUUACAGAGAUUGUCUUUGACAAAAUAUGGAGAGGAAGAACUGAAAAGCCCAACCAGAGCCUUAGUUCCGCAGUUUAUAUUGUUGGGAAUGACGGAGGCACUUGUUGAGGGGGGUUUAAAGCUUUUAUAUGUUGCCCACGUAGAAAAAGCACUGUGGAGUUUUACUGAUUCGUAUACUGAAUUACUGAAUGGUAUUGGCAAACUCCUCUUUUUUCCACUGGUCGUAACUUUCAGUGCAAGCUGGUUCAAGGAGAGUAUCGAUAAUUCCCAUGUAGAUAGAUUCUAUCUAAUGUUGGGAAUAUUGAACGCUGCCCUGCUUCAAAUUUUUGCUUACUACUCUUUCAACUACACAUACAAGGAGAUAUGUCCCGAGGAUGACCACGCUGAUCAACCAGAGGCUUGCAAUCAAGUAUUUGAUGAAGAAAACUUUGAAGGCCAUGAAGUAAAUGUUGAAGAAAACAAAGAAGACCAGGUUGAAGAAAAUGUUGACGAACAUGAUAAAGAAAACUAUCAUUCCACACUGUUUUGUAUUAUGAAUAAUAUAUCUGAUUGUUUUUGACAUUAUUGUUGAUUAUUAAUUGUGAAAUUACGUUAUAGAAGGGGAUGAGUAAAGCCUAUAACCAUUUUCUUGCACAAUGGUUAAGCAUACACACCCAUUGUUUUUACAACA